AUGGCAGAUAUGCAAGGGCUUAACAUUAGGAAAAGUCCGAAUCGAUUAAUACAGGAUUUAGACGUCUUUGACGGAUCUUCAAAGGAUUGGAAUAAUCCUUGGAGUCCACACAAUGCCAGAUAUCUUUGGCAAUUGCAUUUUUCCUCUGUUGAUUCUGUUGAGCAGAAUCCUUAUGACUUCUGGUGCGUUUGCCAGAAAACCCGAAAGCAUAUUCGUGUACAAAUACAAAAGGAAGUUGAUUAUCCUCACAUAAUAGAACCCGAGGUGGAGUUUACCCCGCCAGAGCAAAUAGUCGCGUAUUGUUUGGUAAAAGAAGCAGAGCAGUUUAAUGAACAUGUAGAGAAGAAUGUCCCCGAUUUAUCGGAACUGUCUAGGCAAUGGAAGUCUGAAGAUGGAAAGAUAACCGUCAAAGUUGAAUGGAGAAACAGCUAUUUGGAUGCCUCAUGCAUCAAGGACAUCAUAGACUCUCGUCGACCUUCCUUUGCUUCUUUACUUUCAAAAAAGCCUGCAUCUCAACAACAAGUAUCGCAAUCUUCUCCUUCUCUCUAUACAACUUUUUCUUCCCUGGAGUUGUUCCUUCGCAAUGUGUUAUUCAAUAAUGAUCAUCGCUCUAUUAGUGCUGCGCCGGAAGGUACCUUUGAGAAACACGUUGGUAGAGGGCCUCACAUUCAAAAACUUAUGAACAUUCUCUCAUUUCACUUUAAUUCUGAAAAUACAAAUUUUGUUCCAAGCAUAGCAAGCGAACCUUUAUCUAAUGAGCAAAGAAUAAACUUAACAUUGGCUCGGAAUGAGCUUAUUAUAUUGGCAAAUAACUACCGGGAAGGAUCGAAAGAUUCUCUUGUUCCCAGUCCAAAUGCAACCGCAAAGUUAGCCCGUCCUUAUUUAAUCUCCGCUUUAAAUGUUCCUGCAUAUAAUAGCGUUGCUCCCAUGUACACUUCUAUUUUUCAUCAGAACAAUGCUUCUUUGCCCGAUGACCCCGCUUUCAUUGCUCUUGGUGUUACGAAUGAUUACCCUGAUGAAUUAGUUUGUUUUUUCUAUCACAAACAAAAAGAAAACGACCCGGAUAAUGCAAGAAUUUACGUAGAUGCUUUCGCACAUAUUUAUAACCUUAGAAAAACUUCUUUGUUGAAAAAUCAGCUUCAGCUCGAAAAAAAAGUUGGUCUCGUCUCCAGUGAUGCUAUACAAUCUGCUUAUACUUCUCUUUCUUUGGAAACAGAGGUUUCCGCUUUAGCCCAAAACUUCAAAUAUACGGACAAGCAUAUAUUAGAUACUUUCUGGAAUAGUAUACAAAAACACCCUGAAUCGAUAAGAGUUCAGCGCGAGAAUUUGGAAACAGUCGCUUGUGCUAGAAAUAGUAAAGGACUUUUGGAAUAUCUUCGUUCUACAUAUGCAAUAUUCUACAAUGUCCAAGAGGCUUAUAAUUGGCUUGGAAUCAGUCCAGAUACUGAGGAUGGUAUGAUAGCUUCUGUUGCCCUGGUCAAGUCUGAAGAUGAUUCUUCAAAGGCAAUGGAAGCAAUCAAGUGCAUUGCCGAGGAAAGAAAUAGUCCCGUUUUAUAUGAGUUUUUAGCAUCUCAAGACCCUUCUUAUCUUCCUCAGGUUCCUGACACUGUUAUGACCACUGACGACGCUUAUGAAUCACUUGCAGUUCAGGACCGUGACGUGUCAGAUGAUAUGUUAAUAAAUGUUUAUACUUUUGCUGUUGAGGAUCAACCAGAGAGAUCAGACCGUUUGAAGUCGGCAUUAAAAUGCAUUGGCGAAUCUAGGAAUUCAAAGCUGAUAAUGCACUUUUUGGAACAUGGCAACCUUGACCUUCCUGAGGAGCCACCCAAUUUAAACGUUCCUGUAGGAUUGGAAAACACAGGGAAUUUUUGUUAUCUGAAUUCCUUGCUCCAGUACUAUUUUAUCAUUAAACCUCUUCGUGAUGCAGUCUUGGAAAUUAAUCACAAUAAAGAUGUUUCUAUGAUAAAAACGAGAGAAGCUAUUAAAAAGGUUGGUGGCCGUAGCGUAAAUCGUAUUGAAUUUUUACGCGCUUUGCAGUUCACCUAUGAGCUUCGUUCUCUUUUUCAACAGCUUAUUACCACGAAAAGUUCAUCUAUCCUUCCAUCAUCGAAACUGGCGUAUUUGGCUUUAAUCCCGUUAACUAUGGAACAGGUUAAUUCAACAUCCUCUUCCGUAAUUCACCCGAUGGAAUCAAACAAUACUUAUACAGAAAUUCAUCAACAGAGCGAACAAACUGGCGCUCCUUCAAACAUUAGUGGCUCGACUUCUACAUCGGAUUUAAUCAAUUUGGCUCCUUUAAAUAAUGAUGAAGAUACGCAAAUGCCUUACUUUGAUAUAUCAGAAGAAGAGAUAAAUUCGUCUUUGGAUUUGGGACGCCAGCAGGAUGUUGCUGAAUGCAUCGAUCAUGUUCUAUUUCAAAUUGAGGUUUCUUUAGGUCCAACGAAGAAUGAUGAAGGAACAGAUAGUUCAGAUGAAGAUUUAAUUCGACGACUAUUUUAUGGUAAAACAAAGCAGACAUUACAUGAUGAUAGUCAAGGAACUCGAUCAGGUGAAGAGUUGUAUUCGCAUUUGAUUGUCGACUUGUACAAAGAGCGGCAAACCUUAUAUGAUGUUUUGGAUGGCGUUUUUGAGACAGUAACGCUCGACUUAGGCAACGAAACUACUAAACGUUCUUUAUGUAUUAAAGAACUUCCGAUGAUUUUACAACUACAAAUCCAACGGGUACAGUUUGAUCGUUCUACCGGCCAACCGUUUAAGUCUAAUGCCUACGUUGAAUUCGGGAAAGAGUUGCACAUGGAUCACUAUGUGGAAGAUGAAAACGGAGAAAUGGCACCUUUGUUGGAAAAAUAUUGGAAUAUGAAACAAAAAAUUGGUGAAUUGCAACAUCGUCGAAAAUUUUUGAUGACUACGAAUUCACAACUGUUAUCGUCAGUAGACACAUUGACAACACUUUCAACUUGGGCUGAUUAUCAGAAAAAUUCGCGAUUGCCUAUAAGCAAAAUGUUGCCGCAGCUUCUUCAAGAGGAGACCGAGAAAAUUAAAAUGGAGCUUGAAGCGUUGGCACAGGAAGAACAGCAAAAGCAAGAAGAGAGAAUGCAUUUGUUUGACGACCAUUUAAAACAUAGUUAUGACCUUUUAGCUGUUUUCAUUCAUCGAGGACAGGCAACGUUUGGACAUUACUGGACAUAUAUGCGUGAUCUGGACACCGAUGUUUUUCGAAAGUACAAUGAUGAAUAUGUUACAGAGGUUGACGAGAGUGAGGUUUUUGCAGACACUACGGGAAAUACCGCUAAUCCUUAUAUGUUAACGUAUGUAAGGAAAGACUGCAGACAUAUAAUUGAGUGUCUCUCUCGCAAUCUAGAUUUUUCAAACGAGAAUCUCAAAUAA